CCAAACUUCAGUCCCAAUUCGCGAAUAGCCAAAUUUUAAAUUAAAAUCCUGAAAGAGUAGAGGAAAUCAUCAAAAUCUCCGAGAGCAGAAUUGGGAAUUUUAGGGAAAAAGAAACCCUACAAUGCAAGGAACAGAUGAACUAAGCAUAGAUGAGCUGGCUUCAAAUCUCUCUACGUAUAAGGAACAGCUUCAUCAGGUUAGACAUCUUCUGGCAGAUGAACCUGGAAACGUUGAAUAUGUGGACAUGGAAAAGGAACUCGCUGAGGUGAUUUCCCUGACAGAGGAACUGCUUGCAACUGCGAAGCAAAAUGAGAUUUCUGGAUCAGAUAUUGGGUCUCAAACGAAGGGAACAGUGGAAACAUAUGAUUUUGAAGAUAAAUUUCCUGUUGGCACGAAAGUUCAGGCUGUCUGGAGUGAAGAUGGAGAGUGGUAUGAUGCCACUAUUGAGGCUAUUACACCAAAUGGGUAUUAUGUCACUUAUGAUGGAUGGGGAAACAAGGAAGAGGUGGAUCCUGCCAAUGUAAGGGCGAUCGAAUUCAAUGCUUUGCUGGAAGCUGAGAAGGUUGCUGAAGCUACAAAACAAGCUAUCAAACGUAAGAUUGCACAGGCUGCUUCUGUUGACUUCCAAUCUCGGAUUCUACCAGCAAAGCUUAAAAUAGCUUCUGAUGACCCUGAGGAUGUGAAAGCUGCCAAAAAGAAGAAGAUACAUGCUUUCAAGUCAAAGGUGCGAUUUGAACAACUUGAAGUGGCACAAAAUAAGCGGCAGAAUGCAUGGCAGCAGUUUCAGACGACCAAAGGCAAGACUAAAAAGGUUGGUUUCUUCUCGGGGCGUAAGCGUGAGAGUAUAUUCAAGUCACCGGAUGAUCCUCAGGGCAAGGUUGGUGUGACAGGAAGUGGGAAGGGGUUGACAGAUUUCCAGAAAAGAGAAAAGCAUUUGCAUCUCAAGGGUGGUAAUGUUGAGAUAAGUGAUGACUAGGCAGAUAGAGUUAACCUUAAAAACUUGGAGUUUGAAAAAGUUCCCAAUUAGGGACUGUCGUAGACAUGAACUUCCCAUCACUCUUGCCAGUGUUUGGUGCUUGCAACUUGUUAAUUAUACUAAAUUUCUUUGCUUC